GUAGAUGAGCUGGUGAUAAAUAAGGAAGAAGGCGAGAAAGAGGGCGAUGAUAGUGAGGAGCUGGAUGAAGAUGAAUAUGAAGUGGAACGAAUUCUCGAUGUUGACGCAGUGGAUGGGCAAGUGAAAUACAAAGGCAAAAAAAAGCGGCAGCGUGAUGAGAGCUCGGAAAGUGCAGGACCCGUGAAAUCACGAAAAGGUUCUCGAGCUGCGAAACGCACGAGAAAGGAAUCGUCUGAUGAUGAAAAAAGUGGUGCAGACGAUGCCAGUUUUGAAAAGGAAACAACACCAAAGCGUAGAAGCAGUCGUCGAUCAACAGCAACGGCUGUAGCAGUCAAAUCCGAACCAGUGACGCGUCCAAGCAGACGUCGCAAUUUAGAGGAAAAGAAAGAAUUUUCGAAGGAAGUUACGCCAAAGAAAACGAAGAAUGCAUGGUUGUAUGAAGCAGAGGAUUCCGAUUCCUCUCAUACGAGUAAGAGCAACGAAACUGAUUUGGAUAAAACAGCUACAAUGGAACAGAAAAAUGACGAAAAAUCGGAAAUUUUAUCAAAAGUCCAGUAUCAUCACAGUGAUUCGGAUGAAAGUGUGAAAGAGGAGAAAGCUGUAAAACAGGUGAGGGGAACUCAUUUGGAUAAAACAGCUACAAUGGAACAGAAAAAUGACGAAAAAUCGGAAAUUUUAUCAAAAGUCCAGUGUCAUCACAGUGAUUCGGAUGAAAGUGUGAAAGAGGAGAAAGCUGUAAAACAGGUGAGGGGAACUCAUCGAAAAUUAGCGGUUAGCAUUUAA